AGCAAAACGAAAUUCAACAGCUAUACAAUUCCCCAAUGGCGUAUCCCACUCCCAAUCCAAGUUUCACUUCAAACCAACCAUUAGCCAACCCUGUUUCGAUCAUCGGCCCUCAUUUUUGCACUCCUUACCCUGUCGAUCUCGCAAUCAUCCGGAAAGUGUUGACCAUUACUGACGGAAACUUUGUCGUUACCGACAUCAAUGGCAGCAUCGUUUUCAAAGUCAAAGGAACCUUUCUAUCCAUGCAUGGCCGUCGAGUAUUGCUCGACGGUGCCGGGAAUCCCAUCGUGACACUCAAACAAAAGAUGAGUGCACACGAUAGGUGGCAGGUGUUCAAGGGAGAUAGCACGGAUGCGAGUGAUCUUCUGUUUUCCGCGAAGCGAUCUUCGAUGUUUCAAUUAAAGACGAAGCUAGAUGUGUUCUUGGCAAACAAUACAAAGGAGGAAGUUUGUGAUUUUAAGGUUAAAGGGAGUUGGUUGGAAAGAUCUUGUGUUGUUUAUGCAGGAGAGUCUUCCACCGUUGUAGCCCAGAUGCAUAAGAAACACACAGUUGAAAGCAUAUUGAUAGGGAAGGAUAAGUUCAUGGUGACAGUGUAUCCCAACAUAGAUUAUGCAUUCAUUGUGGCCCUCAUUGUGAUUCUUGAUGGGAUUAAUAAGGAGGGCAGUUCAAGUGGAGGAGGAGUCGGGGGUUUCAAUUAGAAGUCGAAUCUGUUGUUUUACCUUAUUUUGCAUAUACUUAUUAUUAUUAUUUUCUGACUGUCGGAGGUCUUUCACAAAAG